AUGCGUCCUUCACCCCGUGCUCGUGCGUCCCCGUCUGCUUCGGGCUCUUCGCCUGGCUCUCUGGACGACCUGUUCGUUCCCCCCUCGCCUGUGCCCGACCGGUCCCGGAAGAGCGCGCGCCUGGCGUCCCAGGAUGCUGGAUCCGUCCUCACCUUCCUCACGGCCCGUGGUGUCGUGCCUGGUCCGGAUGCUACCCCGCUGCAGCUCCAGCGCCUCGUGGAGCAGCUGUCAGCUGAUUCCGCCUCCCCCCCCCCAGCUCCGGACUCCCCUCCUCGCAAGCGCCGUCGUAAGACCGCACCCGGGACUCGCAGAUUCAAGAUGGCGGCUGUUGGCUCCACAAACAUCUCAUGGAGGCUGCGAGAGUUCGAGGCGCACACCAGCAGCGUGUCGUGUCUCUCUCUAGGGAAACGUUCCGGUCGUCUCCUGGCCACCGGAGGAGAGGACUGCAGGGUGAACAUCUGGGCGGUCAGGAAAGCCAACUUAAUCAUGAGUUUGACGGGAAGCAAGAGUCCGGUGGAGUGUGUGCAGUUGAACACCACGGAGGAUAAGGUGGUGGUCGGGUCCAAGUCCGGAUCCAUUAAUAUAUGGGACCUGGAGAGCGCCAAACUUUCACGCACUUUAAUGGGACACAAAGCAAACAUCACCAGUCUGGGCUGUCACCCGUUCUCAGACAACUACCUGGCCUCUAGUUCUUUAGACGCCAACAUUAUGCUUUGGGACGUCCGGAAGAAAGGGUACAUUUUCAGAUAUCAGGGUCACUCUGACACUGUGAGGAGUCUGGCCUUCAGUCCUGAUGGGAGGUGGUUGGCUUCAGCGGGUGACAACUGUGUAGUGCAGUGGCUCAGAGAGCUUAAGAAUGAUGGAGAAAAAUGUUAA